GCACUUGAGCGGAAGCCGCACUGGACGUUUGGCUUCCGAAAAGCGUUUGCGAAUCGGAACACUUACUUAUGGGUUUUCAGCAUUCAGAAGCCAAUUUGCUCGACAACUAAACCAUUUGAGAACCAAGGUACCACUGUAUUCAUAAAGGUACCACUGUAUUAAAAUAAAGGAUGGAGAUGGUGUACGCAACAUCACUUUUUGGCUGUGGAAACAUCCACUGCGCUCCCACUGGUGUUCAGAACACAGUGUGCACACAGCAUUAGCCGCAAUCCAUAUCUUUCCUGCACCCUAUCUCUCCCCCCCCUAAAUAGUGUGUUUUGAUGUGUUUCCUCCCAAACCAACUUCGAUCCAAUAUCGAUCCAACAAAAAGGACAACCUUGCUGCUUUUUAAGCUGGUAACAUGUACACAGUUCUUUUCUCAUUUUGGAUCGAAGCUGGUUUGGGUAAAAUACAUCAAAACUCAAGAUUUCGUAAGGAACGGCAGGACUGAUACAAGAUAAAUAUGGAUUGUGGCUAAUGUGUGUAUCCUGCUUUUCAAACCAGCAGUGGGAGUGCACUCUAAACGGAGUAAAGGGAAUGUGCGGUUCAGUGAAGGCUCAGACACGGAGGGGACACCUCCAAACUCCAGCAUCAGCCAGAGCCGAGCAGCUUUUCAGAGAGCUGCAAGGGGGAGGAAGAAUCAGCAAAAAAUGCUUUCCCCCUUCCUUCAGCAGAAACACCCCAACAGUGGAACUGUGCUCAUAGGAGCUCAAGUUCUAAGCCACAUGUUUCAAUUUUGCUUGCCGAAAACUGCAACAGGGGAGAGGAACUGCCAUAAAAUGUUUUGGAAACUCUGAGUAACCUUUUUUCAUUGGCAGACGUGGGAAAGUUGUGGUGCAGAAGAGAACUUUCCUUCUUAACUUAUUGGAAAAUUCAGAGUAAUUCCAAGCACAGAAUCCAGCUCUGUUUUUGUCUUCCUGCCCAGUCCCGAGGCAGAUGCUUGAAAAUGGGAAACCCAUUUUCUCCUAAGAGUUGCGGCUUCUUGUUUCCAGACUUGACAUUCCAGAACAUAAGGGCUGCUCUGUGCUGUUUGUUUCAAGGUGGGACCUUGUUUCAGGAUCACUUUACGUGGAAAUUUAGUUACUUCAUUUUAUGAACCAGGGAUUCCAGGGAACAUCCGUCUUUGUGAUCAUCACCAAACUCAUUGUGACGAAGAACCAGUUCCAAGGCGUCUGCCCUGAUCCGGGGUACAAGUGCAAGGGGGACAAAGACUGCAAGAAGCCCGUCCCCACCGCCACAGGAGCAGGGAUCCUGACGGGCCGAUGUGUUAAUUACAAUUCCACUUUCCAGACCUGUCAGAUCCAGGGUUGGUGCCCAGCAGAGGUGGACAAUGUAAACGUACCUGUCAUGCUAGAAGCAGAAAACUUCACCCUCUUCAUUAAGAACAGCAUCCGUUUCCCCCUGUUCAAUUUUGAAAAGGGAAACCUCCUACCCAACCUCACAGCUGAAGAUAUCAAGAGAUGCCGCUUCAACCCUGUGGAGCAACCCUUCUGCCCCAUCCUGCGCCUUGGGGAUAUAGUGAAAUUUGCUGGGCAAGACUUUGCCCAAUUGGCUGACACAGGUGGGAUAAUAGGGAUCAAGAUCGGAUGGGUGUGUGACCUGGACCAUUCUUGGGAUCGCUGCGUCCCCAGCUAUUCAUUCAACCGGCUUGAUGGUGUCUCUGAAAAGAACAAAGUCUCUAAUGGAUACAAUUUCAGAUAUGCCAAAUACUACAAGCAAGAGAACGGCACAGAGUUCCGCACCCUCAUGAAAGCCUUUGGCAUUCGCUUUGAUGUUCUGGUAUACGGGAAUGCUGGGAAAUUCAACAUCAUCCCAACCCUCAUCAACACAGUGGCAGCCUUCACGUCUGUUGGGGUGGGGACAGUCUUGUGUGACAUUAUUCUCCUCAACUUCCUGAAGGGAGCAGAUCAGUACAAGGCCAAGAAAUUUGAAGAGGUGUCAGAGAAAGUGUUGCAUCCAGACACUUCUGGAAGCCCCAUUUACCAGAACAACCAGACCCUGGGACGUCGUUGUGAGGAGAAACAGUCAACUGAUUCAGGCACCUUCUCAAUUGGACUCUAACAGACAGACAUGUGAAGAGGACAUUAACAAAUUUCCUACAUUGCUCUGCUGUCAUGGGUGCUGCCCCACAUAACAGCCCUUCAAUUUGGAGCCUUCUGUCACAUCGCACCACUGGGGUUGAGGGAACUGGUUGGUUGGUCUCAGUUUACUGUGUGCUUCCCAAUUCUCUCUCUCUCCUCCUCUCUGUUUUUUCUCAGUUUCACAUCAUGGCCCACCUCUCCCAGGGAAGCUUGUGAGUCUUAACUUGUCAAAGACUCAUAUCCCCUCUCACCUCUUCCUUGAGAAAAUAGCCACAACAAAAAGUGUUAUUUAAAGAAAAGGAGAUUCCUGGGUCACCAACACCAGUGCAUUAAAAGUGGGUGUGGGAUGAUCACCCAAAAAAACUCUUAAGAGUUCCAGUAGAACGGGAAAAUGUAUCAGUGGAAAACUGCUUUUCACACUGAACCCAUGACUCUCAGAUUCACUAUGGGGUGGCACGGCAGCAGCAUCAAAUCUCCACCUCAUGAGCUGAGCUGUACCAUGUGGUGACAUUACAUAAGAACACCUAAAGUCACAACUAGACCAGCAUCCUAGUCACAAAUGCCUGUGGGAAGCACACAUGCAGGACUUACAUGCAGCAGUCCUCUCCCCACUUGGGAAUUCCACCAACAGGAAUACAGGGGCAGCCAGUGGAGUUUGGACAGAGCCAUGAUGGCUAGCAGCCAUUGAUAACACUCACCCUCUUUUAAAGCCAUUCAACUUGGUACCAUCAUUACAUCUAGUGAGAGCAAAUGUCAUACUUCAACUGUGCAGAAUGGAGAAGUUCUUCCUUUUGUUUCUCCCAAUAUUUAACUUACUGGAUGGCUGAGUUCUAGUAUUAUGAGAGAUGGAGAAGUUUUCUCACAUGACCUUUGUGUUGAUCCAUGUGACAGUAUUUUAUGCAGAGAUGGAGAAGUUUAAAACACUGUCACAUGGAUGACACAAAGGUCACGUGAGAGGGUGGUGGUUAGGGAGCUUUAACCAUUCCUUCACCUACCAAAUGGCCAGGCCUUUUGGGCAAAGUGAUGGAAGUUUCUGAAUAAAAAUAAAAAUGCAUGCGUAAUCUAUGAGGCAAGAAAACAUGGAUGUGCUGUAAAUAGUGGUGGGUUUGUUUGUUUUUCAUUCUGUGACAACGCUGAUAGGUACUCCCUACUCCAAGAGCAGUGGAGACAAUACAGCCCUUGGAUGAGAGAGAACCAGAGACUUACGAUGUCUAAUAUUGGUUCCAUUUUCAAAUGUAGAAGCAGGGUCCAGUGGAAGAAAGUGGGCCCCUGCAGCAGACACCACAGCUCCUAAUCCUAUAUCAGGUUCCCCAAAGGAACAUUAAAAGCUGCCUUAUACCCAGCU